CCUGUAUAAAUAUAGAUUUCUUCCUCGUCUAGAUUCCUCCACCUGAAAAUGUUGGAAGUCCACCGCGCUACCCACGCGGAGUCCGAGCGAGUGCUGCGCUGCCAGUACUGCCUGGCAGAGCUGGCAGACCUGGCGGACAGGACGGAGCACGAGGCUCAGCAUACUGGGCCGAAGCCCUACCUCUGUACCAUCUGCGGGAAGACGUACAAGAAGAGGGAGACCAUGAUGUACCACCGCAAGCGUCACUCGGGCGCGCGCUCGUACGUGUGCGAGGUGUGCUCGCGCGUGUUCCCGGCCGCGUGCAAGCUGCGUGCACACGCGCGCACGCACGCUGCACGCUACGUGCUGCGCUACGAGUGCCCCGUGUGUGCGCACAUGUUCAACACUCGCUACCACGUGCACAUGCACCUCGCCACGCACCAGCGCGAGGGCCUGGUGGCGCCGCACCAGCGCGCACAACUCCUCGCCAUGGUCCUCCACAACGCGCGCAAGAUCCCCCAACAUGGCGCCCCCGCACUCUCCGCCUCCGUGUCCGCCGACGAGAGGUCCCGCGUCUGCAACAUCUGCGGCGAAGUCUUCCAACACUUCUACUACUUGGAGGAACAUCUCAAGAGCCACGGCUCCCGCAUCGCGUUAGAGGACUUCGACCGACCCGAGGACAAGAAGUACGUCUGUCCGGUCUGCAACAAGGGAUUCAAACUGCACUACUAUCUGAAGCUGCACAGCUUCACGCACUCGAAGGAGAAGCCGUUCAUAUGUCAGCAAUGCGGGAAGGGCUUCAUAACUAAAGGCAAAUUAAAGAGGCACCUGGAGACUCACACGGGGCUGAAGAAGUAUCAGUGCCACAUCUGCUGCAAGUUCUUCACUCGGCCGAGCUACUUGCGCAUACACAUCCGCACUAUCCACGGCACUCAGGACUAUAACUUCAGACUGGACAAGGCGUACUCGCUGGACUCUCUGGCCACCCUGCCACUGUCCACUCCCACUGUCUCGUGAUGCAGCGCUUCCACGUAAUGACACGUGGAUCGUGGACACGGUGACGGGACGAAGUACUUCUGUUGAUACGAACGUUGUUGACAAACUAUUCAUUAUUACAUUCAUUAAUUUUGUAC